UGUCUCCUUCCCUCUAUCACUCUCUCUCUCUUUCCCUCCAUGUUCUGCAUCUCUCCCUCUGUUCUGCGUCUGUCUCUCUUCUCCGUCACGUGACCAUCUCCCGUUCUCUCCGUGCGUGCGCGUGCGCGCGUGUCUUUCCUCUCUGCCGGAGCAUCAUCAUCAUCAUCAUCAUCCGACUUCACCUUUUCUUCCUCCCGGGAGCGGACCGAGAAACACCUCGUAGGUGGCUGGAGAGUGAUGACAAGGCACACCUGAUUUCAAGCACCCCGCACAUGCACUUCCGACCUUGCCCCCGCUAAGUAAGGAGGACGAGGAAGGGGAGAAUCCCGCAACGACCAUGUCAUUGCUCUCUAUUAGCGGCGUGUGAGCCGCACGCACACAUUGACGCUCGGUUCCGUGGAGAGUUUCCCGCAGGGGGGCGAGAGGGCCCGAUCGAGGCCGCAAAGAUGGAGUUGGCGCUCAGCGCGGGCGACAAACGUGCUCACCUGGCGCAAGACUGAGAGGGGAACGGCAGUCGAAGAUGAGAAAAGGCGCUUCCGCGUGAGCCCAGAGCACAAUCCAGGAAGCGGAGUCUUCGAUCGACAAAAGAGCGCAAUGAGGCAAGCUGCCCGGCUCUAGCCCCCCCUCCCCCCCAAAAGUGUGUGUGCGUGUGUGUGAGCAGCGAGCGCGUGUAUGAGUGUGAUGGCCAUGUGCGUCUGGGCGGCGGCCCCUCUGCUCUUCCUGGGCCUGUGCCUGUGCAGCGUGGGGGGCCAGGCCCAAGGCGAGGUCCUGGAGUUCGGCGGCGUGUCCAGCCAGUGGGGGCGCUUCCCCGUGUGGAACGCCUGCUGCGAGAGCGUGCUGAGCUUCAGCCUGCGGACGCGCAGCCAGGAGGGCCUGCUGCUCUACCUGGACGACGAGGGCUUCUGCGACUUCCUGGAGCUCCUGCUGCUGCGCGGCCACCUCCGCCUGCGCUUCUCCAUCUUCUGCGCCGAGCCCGCCGAGCUGCAGUCGGGCGUGGCGGUGAGCGACGGGCGCUGGCACGCCGUGCGCGUCAAGCGGGACUGGAAGAACACCUCGCUGGAGGUGGAUGGGCGGCUGGAGGGCUGGGCGGAGGUGAAGAGCAAGCGGAGAGACAUGACGGUGUUCAGCCACACCUACGUGGGCGGGGUGACGGCGGAGCUGCGUGCGUCGCCGUUGCGCCUGACCGCGCCGUCGGUGCGCGACCACCCCGCCUUCCGCGGCUGGAUGGGGGCGGUCAGCAUAAACGGCUCGCUGGCCACGCUGGACGCCUCCGAGGGCGUGACUGUGACGGCGGGCUGCGGGCCGGACCACCGCUGCCAGAACGGAGGGGUGUGCAGCCUGGUGGACGACCGGGCCGUCUGCGACUGCUCCGACACCGGUUACCAAGGCGACGACUGCAGUGAAGAGCGCAGCGACACGCCAGGUCUGGCACACCUGAUGAUUGGCGACCAAGCACGCGAUGACUACGUGGCCACCUUCAAGGGCUCCGAGUUCUUCUGUUACGACCUGUCGCCCAACCCCAUCCAGUCGAGCAGCGACGAGAUCACGCUGUCGUUCAAGACGCUGCAGCGCAACGGGCUGAUGCUGCACACGGGCAAGUCGGCCGACUACGUCAACCUAGCGCUGAAGAACGGCGCCGUGUCGCUGGUCAUCAACCUGGGCUCGGGCGCCUUCGAGGCCCUGGUGGAGCCCGUCAACGGCAAGUUCAACGACAACGCCUGGCACGACGUCAAGGUCACCCGCAACCUGAGACAGCACUCAGGCAUUGGACACGCUAUGGUGACCAUCUCGGUGGACGGCAUCCUGACCACCACGGGCUACACCCAGGAGGACUACACCAUGCUGGGGUCCGAUGACUUCUUCUACGUGGGAGGGAGUCCCAGCACGGCUGACCUGCCAGGCUCCCCAGUCAGCAACAACUUCAUGGGCUGUUUGAAAGAGGUGGUGUACAAGAAUAACGAUGUGCGACUGGAGCUGUCUCGACUCGCUAAACAAGGAGACCCGAAGAUGAAGGUGAGCGGCGUGGUGUCCUUCAAGUGCGAGAGCGUGGCCACGCUGGAUCCCGUCACCUUCGACACGCCCGAGUCCUUCGUGGCGCUGAGCAAGUGGGCGGCCAAGAAGGCGGGCUCCAUCUCCUUCGACUUCCGGACCACCGAGCCCAACGGCCUGAUGCUCUUCAGCCACGGGAAGCCCAGGCAGAUUCAGCGCAAGGACCCCCGCACGCCGCCCACCGUCAAGGUGGAUUUCUUCGCCAUCGAGAUGCUGGACGGCCACCUUUACCUGCUGCUGGACAUGGGCUCAGGCACCACCAAGACCAAGGCCAUCGACAGGAAGGUCAAUGACGGGGAGUGGUACCACGUGGACUUCCAGAGGGACGGGCGCUCAGGGACCAUCUCAGUGAACAGCGUGCGAACGGCGUACACGGCGCCCGGCGACAGCGAGAUCCUGGACCUGGACGACACACUUUAUCUCGGCGGUCUUCCCGAGGACCGCGCCGGGCUCAUCUUCCCCACAGAGGUGUGGACGGCGCUGUUGAACUACGGUUACGUGGGCUGCAUCCGCGACCUGUUCGUGGACGGCCAGAGCAAAGACAUCCGGCGGCUGGCCGAGGCCCAGCGGGCGGUGGGCGUCAAGCCCUCGUGCUCCCGCGAGCUGCCCAAGCAGUGCCUGUCCAACCCGUGCCAGCACAACGGCGUCUGCCGGGAGGGCUGGAACCGCUACGUCUGCGACUGCUCGGGCACCGGAUACCUGGGACGCUCCUGCGAGCGAGACGCGACCAUCCUGUCGUACGACGGCAGCAAGUUUAUGAAGGUGCAGCUGCCCAUGGCCAUGCACACGGAGGCGGAGGACGUGUCGCUGCGCUUCCGCUCCCAGAGGGCCUACGGCGUUCUCAUGGCGACCACGUCCCGCAACUCUGCCGACACCCUGCGGCUGGAGCUGGACGGCGGCCGCGUGCGCCUCACUGUCAACUUAGACUGUAUCAGGAUAAACUGUACCGCCAGUAAAGGCCCAGAGACCAUCUUUGCGGGCUCGGGUCUCAAUGAUAAUGAGUGGCACACGGUGCGGGUGGUCCGGCGCGGCAAGGGCCUCAAGCUCACCGUGGACGACCUGCAGCCCGUCGAAGGUCAAAUGGCGGGCGACCACACGCAGCUGGAGUUCCACAACGUGGAGACGGGCAUCGUGACGGAGAAGCGCUUCAUGCCGGCCGUGCCGUCCAAUUUCAUCGGGCACCUGCAGGGCCUGGCGCUCAACGGCAUGCCCUACAUCGACCUGUGCAAGAACGGCGACAUCGACUACUGCGAACUCAACGCCGUCAUCGGCUACAAGAGCAUCGUCGCCGACCCGGUCACCUUCCGGUCGCGCUCCAGCUUCGUCACGCUGCCCACGCUGCAGGCCUACUACUCCAUGCACCUCUUCAUGCAGUUCAAGACCACCUCGCCCGACGGGUUGGUCCUCUUCAACCGCGGCGACGGCAACGACUUCAUCGUGGUGGAGCUGGUUAAAGGAUACCUUCACUACAUUUCCGACCUGGGCAACGGGGCCCACCUGAUCAAGGGCAACUCCAACAGCCCCCUCAACGACAACCACUGGCACAACGUGCACAUCUCCCGAGACACCAACAACCUCCACACGGUCAAGAUCGACACCAAAGUCACCACGCAGACCACCAUGGGCGCCAAGAACCUCGACUUGAAGGGUGACCUGUACAUCGGGGGCGUGUCCAAAGAGAUGUACCGAGACCUCCCCAAGCUGGUGCACUCGCGCGAGGGCUUCCAGGGCUGCCUGGCCACCGUGGACCUGAACGGCCGGCUGCCCGACCUGCUGGCGGACGCCCUGGCCACCAUGGGGCAGGUGGAGCGGGGCUGCGAAGGUCCCAGCACCACGUGCCAGGAGGACUCGUGCUCCAACCAGGGCGUCUGCCUGCAGCAGUGGGAGGGCUUCACCUGCGACUGCAGCAUGACCUCGUACGCCGGACCGCUGUGCAACGACGCCGGCACCACGUACAUCUUCGGGCGCGACGGCGGCGUGGUGGUCUACACGUGGCCCCCCAACGAGCGCCCCAGCACCCGGGCCGACCGGUUGGCCCUGGGCUUCAGCACGCAGCAGAAACACGCCGUCCUGCUGCGUGUGGACAGCGCGUCCGGCCUGGGAGACUACCUGCAGCUGCAGAUAGACAAGGGCAACAUCCGCGUGGUGUUCAACGUGGGCACGGACGACAUCAACAUCGACGAGAGCUCCAAGUUCGUCAACGACGGGAAGUACCACAUCGUGCGCUUCACGCGCAGCGGUGGCAACGCCACGCUGCAGCUGGACGACCUGCCCGUCAUCGAGCGCUACCCCUCAGGCAACAUUGAUAACGAGCGCCUGGCCAUCGCCAGACAGCGAAUCCCCUAUCGGCUCGGUCGAGUAGUUGACGAUUGGCUACUCGACAAAGGUCGGCAGCUGACCAUCUUCAACAGCCAGACGACGGUGCGCGUGGGCGGCGGCGAGCGACGCGCCGGAAUGUUCCAGGGCCAGCUGUCGGGCUUGUACUACAACGGCCUGCGCAUCCUCAACAUGGCGGCCGAGGGCCACCCGCACAUCCGCGUGGAGGGCAGCGCCCGGCUGGUGGGCGACAUGCCGUCCUCCUCCAUCACGCCGCAGUCCAGCGCCGCCGCCGCCGGCGGGGGCAACCGCUCCGACUCGUCGCCCGCCGGCGGAGACGUGACCGCCACCACCGCCAGCAACAGGAAGCAAGGAGCCACGCAGCAGUCGGCGGACGACAUCCUGGUGGCGUCGGCGGAGUGUCCGAGUGACGACGAAGACAUCGACCCGUGCGAUCCCAGCUCAGCACGUCCCCCCUUGCCCGAGGUGAAGGUGUUCCCAGGCCCGUCAGAGGUGGUGCGCGAGAGCAGCAGCACCACGGGCAUGGUGGUGGGCAUCGUGGCGGCGGCGGCCCUGUGCAUCCUCAUCCUGCUCUACGCCAUGUACAAGUACCGCAACCGCGACGAGGGCUCGUACCACGUGGAUGAAAGCCGCAACUACAUCAGCAACUCGGCCACGCAGCCCAACGGCAGCGCCAAGGACAAGCCGCUGGGCAUCACCAAGCUCUCCAAGAACAAGAAGAACAAGGACAAGGAGUACUACGUCUAACCUUUACGUAUAUAUAUAUAUAUAUAUAUAUAUAUAUAUAUAUAUAUAUAUAUAUUCCCAAAAAAACUGAAGGCUCAGUGUACAUAAAUAGGUAUAUUCUCCCCAACAAGAAACACACACACACACGGACAUGUUUACACACAUUCAAGCAGAAACACAAACACGAACUGCUUUAAAGGGACAAAAUGUACAAAACGAGCAGAGCCUCAGGACCAGGCUCCUUUUCUGACGCACCAUGGAGAUAAACGCAUGAAAGCGGCAGGCCACGCCCACCAGCGACAAGUCGCGGGAUUCGGCGCUUAAAAAUGUCAGUCGUCCACUUUUGGGAUUUUACAAUCCCUCCGGCCAUCCGGUUUCUAUCGCGCUUGUUGUCAUUAGGGGUCGCAGGUGUGCUGGAGCCUAUCCCCGCUGACUUUGAGUACUGGUCGCCAGCCAAUCACAACCAGGGCACAUUUAGGCAAACAAUUGACAGCUAUGGUCGAUAUCGAAUCUUCAGUGAAGCUAACUCCAGAAUCAAACCCAGAACCUGUGGACUGUGAGGAUGGCAUGCUAACCACUAGCCCCCACCGUGCUGCGACUUUUACAAUCCUUCAACGCAAAACGAGGGCGACGUGAAACGAAAUCGUCAUGUGCAGUCCAGCACAAACGUUGUAGUACCGAGACGGGCCUGUAGAGGCAGCAUGGUGCCACUGAGCAAGGACGAGUACAAGAAGAAACAGAAGAAGCGAGAUGAACUGUUAGCUUAUCUGCUAACAACAUUACGGUUGCAAACUGGCAAAUGACUUUAGUGAGAUGUUAUACAAACACUACCAGUUGCUCCUCUAUCUGCUUGCUGAUUGGCUAUCGUUUUUGGUGUUGACCACACUCAUAAAGAUUUGUGAUUGUAAAUAUUGAACACAUUUUACAUUUUCAAUAGUGGGCCGUGACUGUUUUCAGAGCAGAUCAGGGAGGGGGGAAAUAAUCACUCAUGACACACCCCACACCACAGGAUAAUCGCUCAGGAUCAUCAAUCAGAAACAUCUGGGAAUCUGGCCUUGGCAGACUUUUUAUCAGCAAGGGAGGGAAAGGUGCUCAGCUCUGGCUCGAUUGUCAGAUUGGUGUAGCCAGCCUUACUAGGUUGCGCUGUCGACCACACACAUGGAAGGUUUAGUGAUUAUUACUAUUGUACAGGUUUAACAAUUACGAUUUUCCAAGCAGAUCAUUGAGGGGAAAAAAAAUCCUUCUUAACACACCACAGGAUAAUCGCUCAGUAAUCGGGCCUUUGCUGAUUCUGAUUGCAAAGGAUGUAAAAUGCUGUGUGUGUAUGUAGCCCACCUAGCUCAAGUAUUUGUGAUUAUAAAUAUUGAACAAGUUUAACAUUUACGAUUUUCCAAGCAAAUCAAGGAGGAAAAUUCCCUCUUUACACACCACAGGAUAACUUUUCAAGCUAAUCUUUCAGAGACACCUGAUAAUCUGGCCUCUGCUGACUUUGAUCACAAGUGAGUGGAAUUGGCCCGAUUAUCCAUAUGUGUGUACCCGUUUUCGCAGUAUCGCAGUAAAUAUCGGACCGAGCGCCCUCAGCGCAGCCAUCCUUUGAUGUUCCAUUCAUAUCGUAUUCCAAACAUCACGUUGACGACUGACAUUUUUAUUCCUUUGCGGACAUGAAGCACAUACGGAAAAAAAGUGUGUGUGUGAGUGAGUGAGUGAGAGACGGUGUGUAGCGGGAGCACCAAAAACAAAAAAAAUCAAACGCAGCAAGAUGAUCCGAGCCCUUUCGAGUAUCUUCCCAACGACAGCAACAAGAAAAGGAAGAAGCACACGAGCGCCAGGACGGGGAAUCAGGGUGCGGCCGCCAAAGCCGGCGGAUGAUUAGUUUCUGACGGAAAAAGUGUGGGACAUUUGAGCCCUGGCAGACGUCACAUGCUACCUACACACUCAACACGCGAGGACCUGCACUUUCUCCAAAAGACGACAACGAUGAGGAAGAAGUACUGACUCUCUGGGGAGUGGUUUGUCAUUGCACGUGAAAUUCUGGAUUUGUACCGCAGACAUGCGGAGACGCCCUCCGCCAUCUUAGAUUCCAAGAGACAAAAUGUCCACCACGGAGCCUGUGGGGAAAACUUGGGUUGACGCCAUUGGCUCUCGCCUCCUUUUUGUCUUUUUUUGUGCCCCCCAACGCGAUAUACAGUUGUACCUUGACCUACGAGUAGAAUCAUGUGUAUCUCAAAUCAUCUUUCCCCAUUGAAAUGAAUGGAAAUGCCAUUAAUUCGUUCCAAUCCCCCCCAAAAAAUGUUAUAGCCUUUUUUGUUUUUUGCCAAGAAAAAUUGCUUACAUACAUAAAUUACAUUACAGAGAUAAAUAUUAUUGUAAUGUAUUUUAACAGCAAAUUGAAUUUGAAAUCAGAAGUCCUGGAAAAUAGUGACAACAAAAUAAGUCCUUGCUCGUGAAUUUCAACAGUGGCGGGUAGCACCGCCACUCCCGCUAGCCACUGGCGGGGAAAAGUUUAUGUCAGCAAACCUGUUGACGAAUAUAUUUUGAUCGGGAAAAUGUUCACGCAGCAGAACUAAAGAAAGAAACAAACCAAAUCUGUGGCUUGUUAAAAUGCUGAGCGGCCUCGUUAACUGCGGGUGAAAAUGUGGCUUGUGAAUUUGACGCACCGCAGACAAGAAGCGCGUCGUCAACAACUCUGCCAAAUAACACGGAGCGAAAAAUCGACAGAGCGGAAAACUGGCAAGUUGCGUCACUUGUAAGUCAAGGUACGACUUCGUAUCCACUCGUAUAUCGGUGCCAUAACGCAAGUUCUCCAGUUCUUCCACGCGAUGCAUGCCGGCAGAACGCGACGAAAAGCAAGUGCGCGUGUGUGCGCGUGUGCGAGACCACCCCACUGUCCGACCCGUCGUCCUUAUCUUUUUUGUUUUCCUUUCCCCUGCUUCAUAUUCUCCGUAAGGCUUCUCUUCAUCUCUCUUCUUCAUCUUCGACCAUGCUAUGAUUUUUUACAUGUGUACACUUUUUCUACAGUAUUUUGCGUUGAUUUUUAUUGUUACGGUUCUUUGAUGAACAUAAAAAGUGGAAAUUUAUUAUGGGGAAAAAAAAUAGUUUUGAAGAUUAAUGAGUAAAUAAAAUAUUACCCAAGUGA